ACGAGGUGUUGUAGUUCCUCCUCGGUUUUAUGUGGAAAUAAACUGGCGAGCAGGUCGCGGGAGCGGUGGUGGCUCCUGUGCGUGGACGCGCAGUGUUUUGGUUCUUCUUGUUCAUAAACAGGAACUGAGUUCGGUGCUACUUAUAGGAUGGAAGUGGACAAAAUGGACGAAAACGACUGGAAGUACCACGGAGAAGGAAACAAGAGUCUGGUCGUCUGUCACGUACAGUUCCCGAGGGUUUUACGCUUGCUCAAGUAUCCAGCAGCAGACUCAGAAAACCCACCGCAGACAGCAGAGCAGGCUUUCAGGCAGAUCCAGAACAUUGUUGACUUCAGUUCCAACGUGAUGAGCAGCAUGCUGGGAGACAAGUUCAUCCAUAGUGGGGAAGUGGUGAAACUGCCUCUGGAGUUUGUGCGACAGUUAUCAAUCAAAAUUCAACAACAAAGACCAGCUUGGCGCUGUGACAAAGUGAUGGACAUCUACAGUGGCUGUGCCCUCUGUCUGCCCAACCUGACCUCCCCAGCUCUGCACCAGGCAACGCUGACCCCACCCCUCUGCAUCGAGAUCAAGCCAAAAUGUGGCUUCCUACCAUCCCCCAAACACGUCAGCAAAGACAUCAAGGCCAAAGUGUGCCGCUACUGCAUGCAUCAACAUUUUAAGGUGGCCAGUGGGAAGUGGAAGAGGCGGAGUCUGUACUGCCCCCUGGACCUGUUCUCCGGGAACAAGCAGAGGAUGAACUUUGCUGUCAAGCACCUGAUCGAAGAACCUCAGAACAACUUCAAAGUUUUUAAGGGGGGUCAGUGUGUCUACAGCAGUAAGGAGAGCAGUGAUCCUCUGGAUGUCAACACGCUGGUGCAUCACCUCAGACCAUAUUUCCUGCAGGGAAACAACCGCACCAGCUGUCACAUGACCAAUAAAGCCAUCCUGAACGAGUUCAUCCAGGUCCUGAUAAACGCCUUGCUGAGCGGGGACGGAGACGAAGGAACGGUGACGGACGGACAGGACGAGGGGCGGAGCUUCUGUGAAGCCAGUCUGUUCAACAGGGAGCGGGUUGGCCAUGCCUCUCAGGGUUUGCCUGAAAACAGUGUUCUGCACAGGAUCCUUCAGACUCAGAUGUUGGACAUGCUGGACAUUGAAGGACUGUUCCCUCUGUACCGCCGGGUUGAGCAACACCUGCAGGACUUCCCCAAAGAGAGGAGUCGCCUGCAGGUCGACGGACCGUACAACGAGGCUUUCUUGGAGAAGGUGCAAAAAUGUCGCGUGGAGGACGACGGCUCCGUGGAGUCUGCUGUUGCUAAGGUCCAUCAGUACCGGGUUGCCAUGACUGCAAAGGACUGCUCCAUCAUGGUUGUUCUUCUACCAAGAGAGGAGGAAAAGGAUGAUGAUGAAGGGCUGUCCACUUUGAGGCGGCUGAGGGACUGCAGACCUUCUCCUUUCACCUCCUCCGUCUCAAUCUUGGAUUUGGACCCAAAGCCUUUCGACAGCAUCCCCCGGCAGCUGCGCCUGGACCAGAAGAUUGUGUCUUACUACCUAAGGACCAGCGGUGCUUUGCCUAAAGGCUCUCGGCCUCAGCCUCCCAGCAUCAUCUCAGCUGCAGCCAGGGAGGAGUGCAGGCUCCUCUUCCACCCCAUGUGACUCUAAGAGGAGGUCCUUAGCUCCUCAACAGACAGAUGUUUGUGACUUUCAGCCACUUGUCCAUGACAUGAGUGUUGUCAUGGUAACUGGUGUUUUGGUCCAGUCAGGAGGUAGAUCCUGACAUGGCGGUUUUAUUUAUUCUUCAGUUUGCUGAGAAGUUGGCCUUCUCCUCUUGACUGGAUUUGUUUCGUUGCCAUGGCACCAACUUAGUAACUCGCCAGAAGCGGCGGAGGUUUAUCAGGUGCGGUGUGAGCAGAAGCACCACAGCGUGGCUUUGACGCUGCAUGUUGAAACGGUGAGAGAAGCUGGACGACGUCUGCUGCUCCUCUUUUUGCCAUGUGCUUGUGCCCGGACGAUGAUCCUCACUGUUACAGGCUGCAUUCAGGUCAGCUGCUGGGAACACAGCCAGGCUGUUUGCUGGCGCUGUGUCCAGGAGGGCUGAAGGUUACAGAGGACGGGGACAUUAGCCGCUGACGGCGCCCUCGUGCACCUGAAGUGCAGCCGCACAAACUGGUAACACUUGACCUCAGUUCCUGUUUACUGUGUCCACGCUCCCGCCUCCUACUCAAAGUUUUGUUCUGCAGCAGGUCAUGUGAUCUGGCCUUUCACCCCCCCCGCCUCUUAACCCGUGCCACUAUGGCUGCUGGUGGAACAGCUAUGGUUGCCAUGGAGACGGAGAGUGGACAGCAGUGAACUGCUCCAACCUGUAACUGUGUAAAUGAUGCAAUAGGCGGCGCAGAGGAACAAACUGCAACCUAAACCGUGGAAGGUCAUGUGACUUGAGUCAGUGGAUGAGCGUGGCGUAAUAAUAAUAAUUUGUUAUGAUGGCUGCAAAGCAGAUGCUGCACGUUGCCUCUGCGUGCCGACAGACGAGUAACAGCUUAAACAGAAAUUUUGUAUUUAAAUUAUUUAUUUUUGUAGGUUUUGACAGGCGAGCCGCUGCCGCCAUACGCUUUCUAUAAGAAUAAACAUUUGUUGUACGAGC